UAUGUUUGCUCGACAAAUAGGUGCUAAUGAUGUUUAUACCAAUCAAGAAUAAAUCAUUCCUCUUAAUAUUAGAUUGAUGAAAUAAAUAAAAGUCUCGCCUUGUGAAAGAAAAGCAAUAUUAAACAAAUCUAAUAUUACCUACUUAAAUGUAAUAAGUCGAAAACAAAAUUGCAUUCAAUAAUAAAAUAAAGGAAUAAUUACUAUUAAUGAUGAUACAGAUUCUAUUAAUCUUAUCAUAAAUUUAAUAUCGGAAUUCGAUCAAAAUUUAUUUAAUAAAAUCAAUUAAGACCUUCAAGGAUUAUUUUAUUAUAAUUAUAUUUUGAAAGCCAGAGUAUACAAAAGAGAAGUCUUCUUUGAUAUUUAGACUAUACAAUAGGUAAAUUAAUCAGCAAUGAUAACAUAUUAAAUGAUAAAAGUCCUAACUUGGGCAAGAUUACAUGAUGGAUUGAAACAAUAGAUGUAAGCAAGAUUGGAAAAUGAAGAAGAACAAUAGAUACUUAUUGAAGUUAGUAAUUGGAAUGAAGAUGUAAAAAUCAAUAAUAUUUUAUUAAAGAUCUUAACAUAUUUAGGUAAAUAUCCAAAUUCAGGAAAGAGUUUAGAUGAAAUAAUAUAGAAUUUUAAAGUUUCUAAUAAUAUUGAACUUUAGGACAUAAAGUAUUUUUUAUAAUUAUAAAUAGAAAAUCUAUUUCAUUUUUAUAAAAAGAGGGAAAAAUAAAAAAUGAAAAUGAAUUAUUCAUUCUAGUUAACUUUAGAUGA